UCUAGUUGCAAAUGCUCUUAUCGGAGUUUGUUUUCAGUUGAAUAAUCUAAUUUUAAUGGGUUUUGAUUUUGGCAACUCAGUGGACCGUUUUAUAAUCGCAUUUCUAGUGAGGUUUACGCCGGCUCGGUUAAGUUUGGCGUAAUGGUGCUUGAGUGAACAGUAGUGAGUUGUCUGAACCGUCUGGGCGGCCUCCUGGUAACAGGAACGACUGGAAUGGAAGUGAUGUGGAAACAUAGCCGGUACAGCAGACGCACCUCAUUGAAGGUUCAGCAGUAGAUUAUUUAUUUUUCCUCGGUGCGCUCCUAAUUAGAGGCGCUUUUUAUGGCAGUACAUGUAGUAAGCAACAGCAACGGCGGUGGUCGGUGGUCGGAGGUGGUCGCUGAUAAGGAGGAGCAACCCUCCUCCCCCAAGUGGGACGACGACACCACCGUCUCUAUGGAAAGAAGAGGCCUCGCCCGGCUGAUUUCGAGUUCAGUAAGUCUCUGAUUAGAGCCCGUUCCGGUUGUUGGUGGUCGUGGUGGCAAAAACGAGCAUCGAGAGAGAGUUCUGGGUUGAAAUUUAUCGGUUAUUGAGCUGGGUAACUGUCUGGUGUAACCCACAAGCGACUCGUAGAUGGACAAGUGCAAUGCCAACGGUGGAAAGAUGUAUCGGAACAUACCACAGCAUGAGAACGGAUUAGCGGUGACCGUGGGAGACGCAGAAGAUGACUACUCGGAGGAGUUACCCCAGCUCGGUGAGCUGUUUAAGUUCCGAAACGGUUGCUGUAGCACUAAACUGAUCAAAAAGCGCCUACCGAUUCUGACGUGGCUUCCCAACUACAACCGACAGUACCUAGUGGAAGACAUCGUUGCUGGAUUGACCGUGGGCCUGACGGUUAUUCCGCAAGGAAUUGCCUACGCCGUAGUGGCCGGAUUGGAGCCUCAGUAUGGGCUGUAUUCGGCGUUCAUGGGAUGCUUCGUGUACUUUGUGUUCGGUAGCUGCAAGGACAUUACGAUAGGACCAACGGCCAUCAUGUCGCUGAUGGUGCAGAUCCACGUGGCCAAUUUGGGACCUCCAUUUGCCAUGCUGUCCGCGUUUCUGGCGGGCUGCAUAAUUCUGAUACUUGGUUUGCUAAAUUUGGGCUUUUUAGUGCAGUUCAUUUCCAUGCCCGUGACGGCUGGAUUCACCUCAGCAGCGGCCAUAACCAUCGCUAGUGGUCAGGUCAAAUCGCUGCUGGGUCUCCCCGGAAAAUCCAACGAAUUCCUAGACUCGUGGGAGAACGUCAUCCACAAUAUCCACCAGACCAAGCUGUGGGAUUCGCUUCUCGGAAUCGGAACAAUUGUGGUCCUCCUGUUGAUGAUGCAGCUGAAGAAUCUGGAAGGUUCAUGGAAAACGUUCGGAAAGUACAUUUCGCUGUCCCGGAAUGCCAUUGUCGUAAUUGGUGGAACUGUGCUCGCUUACUGUCUCAGCACAGAUGGCGUGGCUCCCUUCCAGCUGACCGGCAACGUCACGUCCGGAUUACCGCCGGUACAGUUGCCACCGUUUUCCGCAGUGGUCCACAACCAAACCUACUCCUUCACGGAUAUGGUCUCCGAACUGGGAACUUCCGUCAUCGCACUGCCCCUAAUCGCCAUUCUGGAGAGCAUCGCCAUUGCCAAAGCCUUCUCCAAGGGCAAGUCCAUCGAUGCCACCCAGGAAAUGAUCGCCCUCGGACUGUGCAACAUCGUCGGAUCGUUUUUCUCCUCGAUGCCCGUAACCGGUUCGUUUACUCGAUCGGCCGUCAAUAACAGUAGUGGCGUACGAACUCCGGCCGGUGGCAUCACCACUGGCAUCAUCGUCCUACUGGCGCUAGGUCUUCUGGCCGGUACCUUCUUCUACAUUCCGAAAACCGUGCUGGCCGCGGUGAUCAUCGCCGCCAUGUUCUUCAUGGUGGAAUUUCACGCGGCUGCGGAAAUCUGGCGCACAAAGAAGAUUGACAUCAUUCCUUUUUUUGUCACGCUCAUCACCUGUCUGCUACUGGGCCUCGAAUACGGAAUGGUCAUCGGAAUCGGCGUCAACAUGUGCUUUGUGCUUUAUCAAACUUCUCGACCGACCAUCCGGCAUUACAUCGAACGAGUCGGCAACGUCGACAUGCUAGUUGUCGUUCCUGACCAAAGUCUGGUCUACUCUUCUGCAGAGUACCUCAAAGCUCGGGUCGUCAAAUUGUCCCAACAGAAUCCGGUUGAACUGGUUGUCAUCGAUGGCUACGCGGUCAACUACAUCGACUCUACGGUGGCCAAGAUCCUCGCAGGCAUCAUCGAAGAUCUGAAGAUUCAGGAACGACCGGUUGUGUUUUGGAACUGGCAGCGAGCGGUACAGCACACGGCAUUCCGCCUGGAUGCGGAACUGUUUGUGCCUCGCUUCAAAUCCGGAAGCUCGCUGGACGAGAUUGCCAAGUGCUGGUCGCUGGACAAUCGAAUCGAGGCGUGAUCGGGCUUGUGCAUUCGGUAAGAUGUGAUAGUUCUGAGUACGUAUUCGAGUAGUUUAGUAACUUAUUGUGAGGGAAUUUACGCCCUUAAGAUAGAGAUAUUUUAGGUAACGUAUCAAUCGACGACCUAGUAUUAUUCGGUUACUACCUGCCAAGGUAAUCUAGAGUAAGCAGUGAGGUGAUGAUGGUGCGCAUUUUACAUAUUGAGUAGAAAUAAUAAAUUCGCAAGCGCGUACAGGCUACGGCGGUGCGAAUACUAGUCAA